GGCAACCGCGGCUCAAUCCGGAGGGUGCCGCACCUGCGUCACUCACUGCACCCGUGAUUUCCUCCGACGGCGACGCGCGUUUGGGCCAAGAUAAAGAGAAUAUUUUGUGUGAAAAUUGUGACUUCUGCGUGCGAGAGGAGGAGAGAGAGAGAGAGAGAGAGAGAGAGAGAGAGAAGGUCAGGGAUGCAGGCUGAGGCUCGGUUCGUCUCGCCUGCGAUGAAGCGAACCAGCGACUGGAUACUUUCGCAAGAACUCCCAAGCGAUAUUACCAUCAAAGUCGACGAUGCCGCCUUCAACCUGCACAAGGUGUUUAAUUGUUACUGCAGCUUCCAUUGGCAUCCAGGUGCGGCUACAUCAAGAAGCAGGUGUCAGGAGUCGGCGGCAACAAGGCGACGCACCUGGAGAUCGCCGGCAUGCCCGGCGGCUCCAAGUCGUUCGAGCUCGUCGUCAAGUUCUGCUACGGCGUCAACUUCGAGAUCACCGUGGACAACGUCGCCAUGCUGCGUUGCGCCGGCGAGCACCUCGAGAUGACCGAGGAGUGCAGGCCGGGCAACCUGGUCGGCAGGACGGAGGCCUACCUGGAGGAGGUGGCGCUGGCGAGCCUCGAGGGCGCGGUCGCCGUGCUCCGCAAGGCCGAGGAGCUCCUCCCGGCGUCGGAGGAGAAGGCGCGGCUCGUCGCCAGGUGCAUCGACGCCGUCGCGUCCAUCGUCUGCGGCGGCGACGGCCAGUUCAGCAUGUCGCUGGGCACCCCCGGCGGCGGCGGCGGCGGCGGCUACAAUGGCGUGGGCGCCGCGGCGUCGAGGGAGGUCGACGACUGGUGCGCCGACGAGCUGACGGCGCUGCGGAUCGACACGUUCCAGCGCGUCAUGAUCGCGAUGAAGGCGAGGGGCUUCAAGGGCAUCGCCAUGGGGACACUCAUCAUGCUCUACGCCCAGAAAUCUCUUCGACGGCUGGACAUGCACGGGAGGGACAGGAAGAAGAUGGGCGCGAGGCAGGAGCACGAGAAGCGGGUGGUGCUCGAGACGAUCGUGAGCCUGCUGCCGAGGGAGAGGAACACUCUGUCGGUGAGCUUCCUGUCGAUGCUGCUCCGCGCCGCGAUCCACCUCGACACGACGCUGGCGUGCCGGCUCGACCUCGAGAAGCGAAUGGCGGCGCAGCUCGGCCAGGCCGUGCUCGACGACCUCCUCAUCCCGUCCUCCUCGCCCGACGCCGCCGCCGCCACAACGGCCUACGACAUCGACGCCGUGCAGAGGAUCCUGGCCGGCUACCUCGACCUGGACUACACCACGGAUCCGCCGCCACGGCUGGACUACACCACCGACGACGACUUCAGCUCGGCGGCGUCGCCGCCGCACAGCGACGUCGCCCAGGUCGGCAGGCUCAUGGAUAGCUACCUCGCCGAGAUCGCCUCCGACGAGAACCUGUCCGUUGACAAGUUCACCGCCCUCGCCGAGCUCAUCCCGGAGCGCGCCAGGUUCAACGAGGACGGCAUGUACCGCGCCAUUGACAUCUACUUGAAGGCGCAUCCGAGUCUGGCCGAGGGCGAGAGGAAGAAGGUGUGCAGGGCGAUGGACUGCCAGAAGCUGUCGCGCGAGGCGUGCGCGCACGCGGCGCAGAACGACCGCCUGCCGGUGCAGACGGUGGUGCAGGUGCUGUACCACGAGCAGCGGCGCCUCCGCGCGCCAUCGCAGCCGCCGAGCGCCGCGCCGUCGUACGCCGGCGGCGAGUCGCCGGCGCUGUCGUACAGGCCGACGCCGAGCUUCAACGGCCGGCACCGGCCGGGCGUUCCCGACGAGGUGUCCCGGCUGCAGCGCGAGAACGACGAGCUCAGGAUGGAGCUGCUCCGGAUGAAGAUGCGCCUGAGAGACCCAUCCGUGGCGUUCUCCGCAGGAGGAGUCCCGCCGUCCGGUAGGCCGCCGCUGCCGAAGAAGCCGGGCGGCGGCGGCGGCGGAAGCAGCGGCGGAUUCAUGAACAGCAUGUCCAAGAAGCUCGGGAGGCUCAACCCGUUCUUGCGAUCGGACGUGCUCGGCGGCGGCAGGGUGCGGACGAAGCCGCCCAAGGAUCGGAGGCACUCCAUUUCUUGACCAACCAGACCUUGAUCAAAGUGAUCAUGCAUGACUGGUGUCUUCAUGGUGCUUUUGAUUUUUCAUGAUCGCUAUGUAGCAAUGAACAUAAAUAAGCAUGAUAGUAUGGAGGUAGUACUAUUUCAGGUGUGUAGUAUUUUAGUAUGUAACCUUGUAAAUGUAUCAUUUGUGUUACAACUUACAACACAAAUUUUGAACUCAUUUCAAUGUAAGGUUUUGGUAUAGUCCUAGUACAAAGCUGGUGUAGUCUACAGAUGAGUAAUUGAUUUGAUCGAAGUCGUUCUCAGUGUAAAGUAUAUGUCACUGAAGUAUAAACAGUGAGAUUUGCUCCAA